AUGGCUGCCAUCGACACUGUUGCCGUCCGCGACCUUGUCGCGCGUGAGCUCGUCAAGCGCAAGAACUGGGCUCAGCGCGAGCCCGGUGUGAUCACCGUCUUUGCCAUUGUCGGUGCUGUCGCCCUUGGCCUGAUCGCUCUCUGGAUCUACAAGUUCAUGCAGAAGCGCAAGAGCGCCAAGCAGCAGUUCUAA